AUGGAAUUUUGGUUAAAAGACGGAAUUGCCCCCGUCUCUCAGACACUCUCUCUCUCUCCUCCGGCGCGUCUCUCUCUCCUCUCGCGCGACGAUUGGAACAGCCGGCCACGUUUUGGCCGGCCGUGCUCUCGUCCGGCCACCAAAGUUGACGGGGCCGGUACCAAAAUGACCGGGCCGCCGUCCUCUUCCUACCCCGGCCAGGUCCCGUCGCCAGCCGCCGUGGUUUCGCCGGAAAACGAGGAGAAAAGCUCCGGUUUUGACAGAAAAUUCGCCGGCUUCGUUCUCCGUCGUCCGGCCGCCAUUUUUUGGCGAUCAAGGUAUGGAAAUUCAUCCCUUCUGCAUGAUCUAGCUGAUGGUUGGGUAGGAUUGCAUCGAUUUUGA